AUGCUCGAACAUGAGUACAGAGUGUGUACCGGGCACUAUGCUAGAUUGUACGUGAGAGAAUCGAGAUUUGAAAAGCGUGAUAUAUUCUGUUAUUUUUAUUGUGGACAAUUUGACUGGUGCCGAGUUGUCACAAUCCAAACAGUCGUAAGUGGGGUCACCUGUCUCUAUCAUGAAAAUCUGUUUGAAGUUGAUUGUCACACUUUUCCUGUUGACGCUCAAGGUGGAUAUAAACUAAUCUAUAAGAAAGAAGAAUAUACUCCACCAAUUGACAAUGGUUGUAAGAAUGGUGGAACUCGGUUGAAUACAGGUUGUGUAUGUGUGGAUAAUUACGUCACACCCGACUGUAGUCGUUUAGCACACGAUUGCUCUGAAUUCGCUGACAGCAGUGCCCCGUAUGGCUUUACAAUUCAUAUGGUUAGGCCUUAUGGUUACAACAAGUCAAUCGAAGUGUCGUGUACCAUAAGGUUUGCAAUGACACUGAUUUUGCUCAGAGAUGAACGAAAGUUUCACGGCACUUUCAACAGAUCUUGGUCUGAAUAUAAAUACACGUUUGGUGACAGCGGCAACAGCGUGAAAAGCUACUGGAUGGGACUUGAAAAGUUGUAUAUUUUGACAAAUCAACCGGGUGUUAAUUUCAGAUUACAAGUGUUUUGUUACAGAUUUAGUCCAAUUAAAUACUUCAAUACUUAUUACAAUAAUUUUGUGAUCGGAAAUGCGUCAACUUCUUAUGCGAUGACUACUGGACUCUUGACUCCUGGUGGAUUAUCUGGUGUGGAUGGUAUGGGUGCAAAUAGAAGUAAUGUUCCGUUCUGUACCUAUGAUAGACCAUGUAGCGGCCAUCCUAAUGGUCUAAAUGGUGGAUGGUGGUAUGUAAACGGUCUAGAAAAAUAUGCCUUGACUAAUCCUUUUGGAAGUCUUCAUUAUCUAUUCUCGAAUUCUGACUUGGUAAUUGAUGUAGUGUCUGUUGCUUUAGAUCGAAUACAACCAUAG